UUGAGCCAGUCAUGGUGGAUUUGCGAGUGUGCUUAUGAUCAUUAUCCACUUUCCGUUCAGCUUCAACUUUCGGACAGAUGGCCUCACAUAAUCUUCAAGCACUGAUGCAGAAUUCAUAGUUCAAUCAAUGAAUGCAAACUGUCCAGUCCCUGAGGCAGCAAAGCAACCCCAAACCAUAACAUUUCCACCACAUUACUGGUCUUUGCCUAUAUGCCCAUUGGCAAACUGCAGUCUUGCAAAAGCUUUUUCCUGCCACACCUCCCAUGCCAGUCAAAUUUGAGGAAUCUCUUUCUGAUUCCAACAGUUGCAAGACUUACUACCAGAUCCUGUGAUGAAAUUUUGGGGUUUUGGGAGACUACUUUCUGCAUCAGAUGGUCUGCUCUUGUGCCGAAUUUGCCAGGAUGUCCAGUCCUAGACAAAUUGGCAGUCGUUUGAAAUCUGUGCCAUUUCUAGAUUAUUUUCCUUACAGAGGAAUGAUGUAAUUCAAAUAAUUUGGAGAUCUUUUUAAAUCCUUUGCCAGACUCAAAGGCAUCCACAACCUUUUUUUUUUUUUUUUUGAAGGCCUUACAGAACUCUAGAUUUUGGCAUGAAGACACCACACACCUCAAUAGCAAAGGGAACACCAGACACUAGAUGGAGAGGUUUAAAUGACACCUGCACUCCCUAAGAAGAUUAUAAUCACUGGCACCCAAACUUGAACACCUGAUUAAAAUUUUAUGGAUUUGAAGGAGGAGCCUUUUUCCAGCCAGAGUGGAUGAACUGAUUGGUCCAUGGCCCAAGUCCUAACACACUCUCGCUCUGUUCUUCCCUGGAGCCCUCUAUGGGUCAGAAGCAUGUGUUCACUAGAAGAGCAAGCUCGUGCAAUCUUUGCUGCCGCUGUGGAGGGAGUGCAGCCAGACAGCGUGGUGCGCAGAGCUCUACAGCGACGGGGGGAUGAGCUGGUGGUGGCUGAGCACAGUUUCAAGCUCUGUCAUAACCUGCAUCUGGUGGGUUUUGGGAAGGCUGUGCUGGGGAUGGCUGCAGAGGCAGAGAGGAUUGUGGGAGAUCACCUGGUUCAAGGGAUAGUUAGUGUGCCUCGUGGAAUUCAGGAAACACUGCAACGUCACAGGAAGCUAAACAUGUUGCUAGAGGCCAGCAGUAAAAUCAAAGUGAUGGAAGGAGCUAAACACAACCUGCCAGACACAGAUGCCCAAAGAUCAGCAGAGAGCAUCUGGAAACUUGCCAGCAAUCUUACUGAACGAGAUCUGCUGCUUGUCCUCAUAUCAGGUGGUGGCUCUGCUUUACUACCCGCUCCAGUGCCACCAAUAACCCUGCAGGAAAAACAGGAAGUGACACGUCGCUUAGCGGCUGCAGGGGCCUCAAUUCAGGAGUUAAACACAGUGAGGAGAGCCUUGUCACUGUUGAAAGGUGGAGGCCUGGCCUGUAGCGCAGACCCUGCUCAGGUGGUGGGUCUGAUUCUGUCUGACAUCAUUGGAGAUCCAGUUGAUCUCAUAGCCAGUGGGCCAACAGUAUGUAGUGAGACGUCACUGGAGGAAGUUUGGGCCAUCCUGAACCGCUACAACCUCUCUGCCACUCUCCCGUUAUCUGUGAAAGAGGUUCUGAAUCAAACUGGUUCCCAGAAGAGAAGCCGCCUGAAGGAUCAACCACAGCAAGUCAACAUUUUCAACGCUGUGAUUGGCUCCAAUGCUAUUGCUCUGGAAUGCGCCAGCCGUAAAGCACAAGAGUUAGGCCUUCGACCAGUAAUUCUAUCUCCAGGGGUGAGUGGUAAUGUCCAAGCUGUGGCCCAACUGUAUGGUUUGCUGUCUCGUUUCGCCUGUUCUCCAGGGAAGGAGUCUCCAGAGCUCAGAGCUCAGAUUCUCAAACUGGGAGCAGAGGUUGGGGUUGGGAGCUGGGAACUAUGUAGCACAAUUAAACAUUUGGAAGCUGGCAGGCAGGAAAACAGGCAUGCCACAUGCCUGCUGGCUGGAGGUGAACCCACUGUCCAGCUACUGGGGAAAGGCAGAGGUGGAAGAAACCAAGAGCUAGCCCUGAGGGUGGGCCUAGAGCUCAGCAGGGCACCGGAGAGAAGCAUGACCGUGUUCCUCAGUGGUGGAACCGAUGGUCAGGAUGGCCCUACUGAAGCAGCUGGAGCAGUUAGUGAUGGGAACAUAGAAGCAGAGGCCAAAAGUCAGGGACUAUGCAUUGAUGGAUUUCUUCGCAACAAUGAUUCAUUCACAUUUUUCUCAUCCCUUUCAAAGGGGCAGAAGUUGCUUCUGCCAGGGCUCACAGGUACCAAUGUAAUGGAUGUUCAUAUGAUGAUUCUGCCUCCACCAACACAAACAGAGUAGCUGAUCGAAAGACCUUUUACUUGGUAUGAGAUUUGUAAGGAAAACAAUACGUUUAAGCAUAGUAAGAUCUGUCUAGUAAGAUUGAGAGCAUCCAACGGGAUGUUCCUAGUGCUACAUACGAUUUUUGUACAAGUUUUGUAAGACAAAUUGUGUG